UACCUUUGUAGGGUUAUGUCUAUGGGGUCAUGUCCUCGAGGUGUUCCUGGCUGGGUGGUGGUCUCGGUGCUGCCUUGUUGCCCUGGGUGUCCCCCAAAGGCUGCUUUUUUUGACCCAGUAUCUGAAGGUUCCAUAAACCACGUGGAAAAAGCAAUUGCUGCCUUUCACUAGCGGGCUGUUUUCCCCACAUCAAGUCCACAGGUAACAACAGAGGUUAUGGCAGCUUUCCAUUGGGAAAUCUAGUCUCCUGAAGGGAAAAGAAGGAAAAACUGACAACUUACUUCACUGCCCCAUCUUGGAUCUCAAAUACGUGGAUACCUUCGAGCUGAGAUGCAAGACACGUGGAGAGGAGGCAACCACUAGAUCAGGUUCAAGUGGGUAAGAAAAAACCAAACCCAGAAGCAUCGUCUGGGUAGAUUUUUCAACAUGAAUCGUGCUUUUAGCAGGAAGAAAGACAAAACAUGGAUGCACACUCCUGAAGCCUUAUCAAAGCAUUAUAUUCCCUAUAAUGCAAAGUUUCUAGGCAGCACAGAAGUGGAGCAGCCCAAAGGCACAGAAGUUGUAAGAGAUGCUGUUAGAAAAUUAAAGUUUGCGAGGCAUAUCAAGAAAUCUGAAGGCCAAAAGACGCCCAAAGUUGAGUUACAAAUCUCAAUCUAUGGCGUGAAAAUUCUGGAUCCAAAAACAAAGGAGGUCCAGCACAACUGUCAGCUCCACAGGAUAUCCUUUUGUGCUGAUGACAAAACUGACAAGAGAAUAUUUACUUUCAUCUGCAAAGACUCAGAAUCUAAUAAGCACCUGUGCUAUGUGUUUGACAGUGAGAAGUGUGCGGAAGAGAUAACUUUAACAAUUGGUCAAGCAUUUGACUUAGCUUACAGGAAAUUUCUGGAAUCCGGAGGAAAAGAUGUUGAAACAAGGAAACAAAUUGCAGGUUUACAAAAAAGAAUCCAAGAAUUAGAAACUGAAAAUGCAGAACUGAAAAAUAAAGUUCAAGAUUUGGAAAACCAGUUAAGAAUAACACAAGUACACGCAUCUCCACUGCUGCACAUAAAGUGUGAUAAUGAUGAACAUAUGUUUCAAAGACCCUCUACUUUUUUCUGGUGUAACAAUGAGGAUUCACCUCCUUGUUUAGAUAUCUCUUCCAUUACGCUUACUCCUAGGAGUUCUCCUGACUCUAGACUACCACCUGGAUUGUUAAUACCACCACCUUCAAAAAGUGGUCUUCCAAAGCCUGCCAGUGAAUACAGCUGCCCAAGACCUCGUGCAGGCAGUGUGACACCUAAAUCACCCUCCACUGACAUCUUUGAUAUGGUUCCCUUUUCUCCCAUAUCCCCUCAGUCAUCAACACCUACUCGCAAUGGUACACAGCCUCCUCCAGUACCCAGUAGAUCUACAGAGAUCAAGAGAGACCUUUUUGGAGCAGAACCUUUUGACCCUUUUAGCUGUGGAGCAGGAGAUUUCCCUCCAGACAUUCAGUCCAAACUAGAUGAGAUGCAGCGUCAGCGAUGGAGGGGUUCAAAAUGGGAUUAACUCUUGAAGGCACAGUGUUUUGUCUUGACCCACUAGACAGCAGGUGCUGAUGCCAAGAAAGUCAAUGUGAAAUUCCUCUGCAGUGGGAUUUUUUUUAAAUUUCCGAAUACAUACUCCACAGAUACUAUCCAUGUGCCAAAAAUUGCUUUUUUCAACAUGUAAACUGUUAUGAGGCUUGCUUCUGUAAAAAUCCAACUUACAACUUCCAGUCUUUCCCUGUACAAAUGUAAAAAGUUGUAUUUGUUUAUGAAUUGUGGAUUAAAUUACGCUGUUGUGUUUCUUUCUGUCACAUUUUGGCCUGAGUUUACUAUGCUUUGACUAUUAGCUUGGCGAAGUUCUUCAGAAAGGUCACACAUACCUCUCUGUGUCUCUCUCUCUGCAAAUGUCCAGGCAUGAAUUCUACAUAAUACUUUACCUGGCAGCAUUUUGAAAUUAUGCUUUUAAGGCAUUGUUGAAUAUUCAAGCAGUAAAGUUAUUAAUAUUUACUGCAAAAAUUUCAAUUUGCAGUGAAAAAAGCAUAAAAUGCUAACCAUAACUACAUGCUUCGAAAGUAAAUCUGGUUGCAGUGAUAGAUUUCCAUCACUGUGUGUGGUUGCUAUCCUGUACAAAUGUUGUCAUUGGUUUAUACAACCCAGAUUUUAGGUCCUUCAUUCAUGUUUUAGAAACUAGCAAGUUGUUAGUCUGCUAAUUAGUGCUUAAUGAGCCUAGAAGAACUGCUAAAUUGCAGAAUGGCAAAGCAACUGCCCAUUGUUUUGGUAUUUUAUAGCUGAAGUGUAAAAUAUGUAACUUGGAAUCCAUUAUAUGCUAGCCAUAACUUAAAAGAAAGAUUAUGGCCUUGCAUUUAUUUAGGAACUUAUGUAAUUUUGUGCAUAAGCAGGCGCUGGGCUCAGUUCUGUGAUUACUUUCAACAUCUGAGUGUUUAGAGCCAGGCUCUGUUGAGUAUAAUUCUUUUACUCUCUUCUUUAGUGUUCCAUGUCUUUAAUUUUGAGGCUUUAUGCAAAGAAUCAACUGUAAGUAAGUCCUUUGUACCCACUGGUUGUUCACAUUACAGAAAUACCUGCACACCAAAAUUCUCAGCUGAUGGUGAGAUGAAUGCUGACAUGUCUAUGCAUACUCUUCAUUAAUCCUUUUCAUAAGCAAUAAAAUGCCAUUUUUAACCUAGCUCAGAAAAUUAUUAUCAUGAGUUCAAUUCAAAAACUUUGGAACCUCUAGUAUUGUUCCUUCAAAGCAUAAAAAUGUGGAAACUGGCCCCACACCAAAAUUGUCAGGAUUUUUUUUAUGAGAGGUUUUUUUUUGGUGACACUUAUGGUUUUGUCCUUAACAGUCACAGUUUACACCAAAACCACAUUUUUCAAUUUUAUCACGUGUAUUUUUAUGCCUUGUUCAACAAAGUACUUGUGCACGUACCUUUGGAGUCCACUAAAAGAAUGGGAUUAUGCCUUUGCUGGGUUUGACGCAUCCUCAGGUACCUUGCUGAACUGGGGCCUUAACAUCCUACAUUACAUUUGUCUUCCUCUCUCUUAUUCUGAGUUCAUCAUUCAUAUAGAGUAUUAUAGAGAAAUAUAUAUAUAAAAAUAUAUGAAAUCACUAACAAAUAGAAUAGUAUAUGUUUCAUAAAGAAAAGUCUUUAUAAUUUUGUUUGUCAUAUAGUAUUUUCGAAUUUGUAUAAUGAGGAUGUUUAGUAGCCAUAGUAAUGGCCUUUUUUAACAAAUAGAAUUUGUAUUUUUAUUGUACUUUAAAAAGCUUUACAUAAUAAGCAUCUAUUUAGUGGUCAUUUAUUAUCAAUGGUAACACUAAGAUAAUAUUUGCACAUUUUAAGAAAUCUUUUUCGUUACUGAUUUUUAUGAUAGUUGACUGCAAAUGGCAUGGUUAAAUCUUAUAUACCUGGUCAAUACAUACAAAAAAAUACUUAAAUCAACACAACAGUGCAUUUUUAAUUUUUAUGUGAUCCAAUUGGAAACUGUAUUUCUAUGUAAUCUCAAAUGUCUGUUUAAUUUUGCCUAAAAUAAACGUUUUUAAAUAAA